AUGAAGGGUCUAGUCUCAGUCUGCUGCUUUCUCGCUGUGCUGGUCCUGGGGACGGCAGAACCGGCAGAAGAGACGCCCAGCCCCACGAAAAGUGAAGAUGAGUCGCUGGUUCGACUUCAGCUCCAGCAGGAUGGCGGAGACUUGCUUAUGUGCACAUGCAAUGGGGCAGACAGAAAAACCAGCCCGUCGGGUUACCCCGGGCCCAACGCCAGUGGUCUUGGCCAACCAGCCUCUCCACAAGAAGACCUGCCCUUCCCAGAGUCCAAGGCUGGGCAGAGUAUUUGCAAAGCAUGUGUGAAACCCAAGCUGAAAGACACAAAAUCCAGAUUGGAAUCUGGAGAAGGUACCCCCUUAGACAGAGAAUCUUUAGGAUCUGGUGGGAAGACAGAACAAAGUUUAGAAGAUGGGGGUUCUGAUACAUCCCAUGAAGACAUUGCUGAAUCUGGAGCUAAGGGAGCAGAAGGAGACACUUUUGAAGAUGAAUCCUCAGCCGAUAAAUCACAGGACUUUGAAGGAUACACAGAUGCAGAUGGGGUAGAGAGUGAGUCUCGCCCCCAGAGAGAAGAUGUUGAGAAAACAGAGACAAGUGAAGCCCCUGUAGCAUCUCUUGAGUCAGAGGAAGAGCUGGUUGAAGAUGAAAGGGAGGACCAAGAAGAGACCGCAGAACUGGAGCCUGGUAGGCAGACAUUCCAAGAUGAUGGAAGGCAGGAUAACAGAGGAGAGAACCGCGAUGCAGAGCCAGAUUUCACACAGAAGGAGAAUGAUCUUCCGGCCCGCGAGGUGCUACUUGAGGAGAAUGCAGAACACACUGUGCUCGUUCAGUAUGAGGAACUAGGAUAUCAAGAUGAGGAAGACCUACAGGGUUCCUUGGAGGAGGAAAAGGGUGGAGGCCACCAAGGAGAGCAAGAGGAGGACGCAGAAAACCUCAAUGUUGAAAAAAUUGAAUUGGAUAAAACAGAAGAGCUAAACCAAGGAGACGAAGCUGCUUCUUUUUCUUCAGAGCAAAACAAAAUGGAGGACAAUGAAGGGGACAGAGAGGGCCUUGAUUCUGGGCAGGAAAAUUCAGUAAGCUCCAGUGAGUCCCAAGAAUCUAAUAGCCCAGGUUCUGAGGGAUACCAAGAUCAAGAAGGAACAGAAGCUGUAGAGGGGGCUAGUGAUAAAGGUCCCGGGGAGGAUUUGGGAUCUUCAGGAGGGACUGAAGAACCUGCUGAAUUCAAGGCUAACGAAACACAUGGCGAUGAGCUGGACACUACAGAAGGAGGAGAAAGAGAGAACAAAGAUGCGGGAACUGCAGAUAAGAAGGAAUCUUCACUGGAGCUUUACAGUUCAGGGUCUGGGGAAGGCGAAGAACUACAGGAAAAGUCAGAAGAGGAGGAGGGUGCCGGAGAAGGAGAACCUCGUGGAGACAAUGUCAGGUCAGAGGUGGAUGACGGUGAAGAACACGCCACAGCACCUCAGAAAGAGGUUGAAGAACCAGAGGCCCCCAAGCCACAUGGAGAGAAAGAAGAAGUGGAGGAUGUAUUGGUCCCUGUUCUCCGAGACAGAUCUCACAUUGAGCAGACUCUCAGGCUCAAAGAAGAUGCUCCUUCAAAUGACUACUCAGCGGCUCUCCAGCGCCUCCGCAAAAUCUACCACUCAUCCAUCAAGCCCCUGGAGCAGGCUUACAGGUACAACGAGCUGAGGCAGCACGAGAUCUCAGCCUACCCUGGACGAACGCUAGGGGCUUCGGCGACAGACGGGGAGAUCACCUCCAAGCCCAUGGUGCUGUUCCUGGGUCCCUGGAGUGUCGGCAAGUCCUCCAUGAUUAACUACCUGCUGGGGCUGCAGGAAACUCCUUACCAGCUAUACACAGGGGCCGAACCCACCACCUCCGAAUUCACCGUCAUUAUGCACGGCGAGAAGAUCCGCUCGGUUGAGGGCAUCGUCAUGGCGGCCGAUAGCUCCCGCUCCUUCUCCCCGCUGGAGAAGUUCGGGCAGAACUUCCUGGAGAAGCUGGUGGGCAUCGAGAUGCCCCAUAAACUGCUGGAGAGAGUCACCUUCGUCGACACCCCUGGCAUCAUCGAGAACCGCAAGCAGCAGGAGAGAGGCUAUCCCUUCAACGACGUGUGCCAGUGGUUCAUUGACCGGGCGGACCUCAUUUUCGUGGUCUUUGACCCCACUAAGCUGGACGUGGGGCUGGAACUGGAGAUGCUGUUCCGGCAGCUGAAGGGCCGGGAGUCGCAGAUCCGCAUCAUCCUCAACAAGGCCGACAGUCUGGCCACCCAGGACCUCAUGCGCGUCUACGGCGCCCUCUUCUGGAGCCUGGCGCCGCUGAUCAACGUGACCGAGCCCCCCCGCGUGUACGUCAGCUCCUUCUGGCCCUACGACUACGCGCAGGACACCAGCCGGGAGCUCUUCAAGCGCGAGGAGAUCUCCCUGCUGGAGGACCUCAACCAGGUGAUCGAGAACCGCCUGGAGAACAAGAUUGCCUUCAUCCGCCAGCACGCCAUCCGGGUGCGCAUCCACGCCCUGCUGGUGGACCGCUACGUGCAGACCUUCCGCGACAAGAUGACCUUCUUCAGCGACCCCGAGCUGGUCUUCAAGGAGAUCGUGGACGACCCCGACAAGUUCUUCAUCUUCAAGUCCAUCCUGGCCAAGACCAACGUCAGCAAGUUCGACCUCCCCAACCGCGACGCCUACCGCGACUUCUUCGGCAUCAACCCCGUGGGCGGCUUCAAGCAGCUGUCCGCCCAGUGCUCUUACAUGGGCGGCUGCCUCCUGGACAAGAUCGAGAAGGCCAUCACCCACGAGCUGCCCGGCCUGCUCGGGGGCAUCGCUUCAGGGAAGAACCCCAGCCUGACCUCCUGCGAAGCCACCGGCUGCGGGGAGACGCCCAAGAACCGCUACAGGAAGCACUGAGGGGCGGGGGAGGAGGGGGGCGAGAGCGAGAGAGGGAGCGGGAGGGAGGGCAGCCCCCAGCCACGCAGGAGACCCGCGACCUCGGGAGUCGAGGGGGAAAGCACGGGCAGUUUGGGUGGAAAAAGGUGGACUGGAGCAGGGAGAGGCGGGCGGAGGGAGAGAAACGGGUGGGGGGGGUUGGAAUAUUAGAUGACGGCUCCCUCCUCUUUCCCUGCGCGUGCAGCACAGAGCCGUUAUCGGUUUGGUGGGGGGGGUGGGGUAAAAAAGGGUCGAAAUAAUUAAAAAAAAAGAAAAAGUCAAACGGCAAAACUCCCCCCCCCUCCCAAAAAAAAAAAAUACCCUCAGACCAGACUUUUGCAGUCAGUACCAGCCCCCAUGUAAGUGAAUAAAAUGUGAAAUCUGCGUUUGGCCAUUUCGUUGUAGAGUUUUAUUUUGCAGAGUCCGUGGAUGCCGGCUGGCUCAUCUGUGAAAAGAAAAUAUUGGUUUACCAACAGCAGAUAAAACCCAUUCUUGUAGCCAAAAUAAAAAAGGACCAGUACUUUCCUACUAAUUUCUAAAAGGUGGACUGAGUCCUAGUUUACCUGAACCUGUAGAUUUAGGUCACUGUUCAACUGUUUAACUUGUAUUAAAAGAGUAGCUGAAACAGCUUUCAAGUUCCACUUGUUUUUGCAUAUUUCAUUUCAAUUUGUUCCUCACUGUUCCUAGUUGCUAUUUUCGCUCAUGUUAUUUGCCAUGCUAGUUCACAAAUCCAGGCGAAGUCUUGUCCUGUACACAGGAAGGGCAACAUACCGUCGUGCCAUUUCCUUCUUUCCCUGUUGCUGAGGCAUGUGGAUGCCACCUGCGCUCAUUUACCACUGAGAAUCUUUUUUUAGCAACUCCCAUGCCAAGACAGGAAAUCGAGCCAGGAAGCACACCACAGAAUUAACGUGGAACACGGUUCAUCUGGGUUGUGUAAAGUAAGGUGCACAACAUCUCGUGUGGGACCUUCAUUAGGGUUUUAGUUCGGUCUGCCAAUGCCUUUAGCUUCAUGCGUGAUACACAUGUUGCAGCAAUGGAGUGCUGACCCCAUCACCAACACAGUGAUGGGGCUUAGAGGAGCCCUUUGAUCAUAAGUACUAUCUAAACCAGCUUCUACUGCAGCAAUCCCAUGGGAUUUGAUCAAAAUCCAAGCUGGUAAUUUGCCCUGAGAUCAGUUUGAAAAUAGGGUCGAAUUUUACAAUGCUCCCGCUGUUCAUCAAAACAAACAGAAAAAGAACUCAAGUUUCUUUCUGUGUGCAAGCAGAGCUACGGGUUUCUUCUGAUUUUGAAAAUAUUUCAUGGUGUGUAUGCAGAAAUGUCAAUUAAAAAAACAAAACUGGGAUUGCAGAAUGGCAAGGCAAAUAACGAUUUUGCCAUUGAGAAUGUGCAGGUCCCGGAUCUCAGGAUGAUGUAGUCUGCCUUUUCUUAUUAAUGUGCUUGGCUUAGCAUAUUGAGUUACCUGCAUGUGAAUGUUAUGUGCUAUUGUAAGUGGUGCUCCUUCUGAGAUACAUAAAGCAGCUACCUAAGAAAAAAGCUUAAAUACCAGACCUGCCCAAAAAUGGGAGGUAUUGAUAAGGGUCUACUGAUAUUGAUAUCUCUUUGUGACCAAUCUGUUUGCAGUUUUAAUGGAGUUUCUACAGCUGUAAGACCAUAUAAAACCUCUGCUUUGUCCAGGAACGUGCCAAUCGGUUUUUGUCAUGUUCAUUCCGAACAACUUCUCUGAAAUGUCUGGGUAGUUACGAGAUGAGAUAGUGAAAAUUUGCGUUCUUGCUUCCAAAGCUUUCAAACCCCUGAUUGAAAAUUGAAGAAGAAAUUUGCCUGACUCUCUCCUCCUUAAUGGUGUUUAGAAGUCCCACUUCUCAUCGUUAGGAGCUGUCUUUCUAUAAGAAUGUCACCAGAGUGUCGCCAAUUGGAAAAUGGCUCUUCAGUUCUGAUUGGCAGAACAGAACCAUAAAAAUGGGACAAAGAGCUUGCUGCUGGGAGAGUUGUGGUGUCUUAGAAAUCAGGAAUUGCUGUUUUACCAAGUGGAGGAACUUGAAUCAAGUAAAAUUGUCCUUUGGAGGGAGGGAGGGAGCAUAAGACUUUUGUCUUUCUCCCAGUUACACCACUGUCAUUUUUAAUACAACUCCGCAAACAACGAGAAAUGCAGGCACUGUAAUCUUUGGCAUGCAAUUGUGUUAUUUGAGACACGCAGCGAUCCUUUUUUAACAAAAAGUAUUUUCUGAAAAGUAAACGGCAAAUUGAAAAGCACACUUUAGUUUUUUUAAGUGAGGAAAAUGCAAAGAAGUGAUUUAGUCCCAUCAAACAGAUCUGUCUGGGGCUUAAACUUUUUUCCAAGACAUUUUUGUUUGUUUUUGUGCUUUCUUCCUUCUCCCGGAACAGAUUUUUCAAAGAAUGCUCUUUGCAGUACACUCUUCUCGCCCCUACAGCUGCGGUUUUUAUUCCUUAUUCUUAAUUUUUCUGCCUGAUUUUGUCUGUUUGACAUGGAAAAUUAGCGUAUGUCUACCGGGUCUGUUCGUGAACAAUAUGCUGUUGCCCUUUUUGAUAUUUUGUGGACAGAACAACUCUAUUGCCCUCUACUGAAAUGUGGUCUGUCUUUCUACGCAAAGUAGCCAGCUUCUGCAGAGGUGAAGGUGGACUGCAAACAAACCGUUGCCCAGGCUGUGUGUGCCUACAGCCCUGAGGGGCCUUGGUGUGCCUUUAGGGCUACUGAGAAGUGUCGUUGCCCAGACAACGAUAUGCACUCCUUCGGUUACAGGAGAAACAUGGGGCCGGAGCCAUCCCAAGGUCCUUGAAAUGGGAGAAGUACAAAAUAACCUCACAAAAAAGAUGAAUUCCUUCAUCUGCGCGCAUCUGUCUUUAUCGGCCGGCCUGGAGCUGGGGAGUGACCACUUUCAUAUGUCAGACCAGACCUUUCGAUCUAUUGGAAGAGCUUGACCUUAUCGGUGUGACCCCCGAUACACUAGGGGGGUGCCAGGCUGCCGGUUGUGGGCAGGCCCAGAGUUAGAGGCCUGGGGGGCACUGCGGGGCCUACAGGAAAGUCAAGUUACUCAAUCCAGAGAGAGGGCGAUGUUUAGUUUUGGGCUGUGCUGCCGGGUGCAUGCGACUCCAGAAUUCCAAACCACUUACUGUUUAAUCUCAGCAAUAUCUCAAUAAAAGGUUUCUUUUUUCAGUGG